GAACAGUACAGUCAUAUCAAGAUGUCUUCCAACCGAGAUCUCGAGAAGGACCUAGAUGAUGGCACGACCAUGACAGGAUCCACCGCGCAUUCAGACAAAAUCUUGGCAGAUGGCGCCAUAGGUGAGCCCGAUUCAGACCACGAUGAAGUCGAACAAAUGGAUGAAGGGCAUUUGGAUGAUCUUGUCAGACAACGAACAGGGCUAGAAUCCAUCAAAGCUGGGAAGGGAAAAACACUAGAAGACUCAGCCUUGGAGCGAACAACUUCGAAAUCGAGUACAAAGAGCAGAAUCUCCCGCAUGGCAACGAAUCUUACUUCAAGAAGCAAGAAAGAGAGACUUGCGCCUGUACCGCUACCGACUUCGGAUCUGGAUAACGGCAUUGUAGGAUGGGAAGGGCAGGAUGAUCCAGAGAUGCCUCUCAAUUUCGCAGACUCUAGAAAAUGGCUGUUGAUCUCCUUGCUUGCAAGUAUCACCUUCAUUUCUCCUCUCGCAUCCUCCAUGUUCGCCCCUGGAGUCUUGUUCAUGGACGAGACUUUCCACAACACCUCCACAAUUCUCAGCUCCCUGACUGUGAGUAUCUUCGUGCUGGGCUACGUUAUUGGCCCUUUGAUCCUGGCUCCUCUGUCCGAGAUCUACGGGCGUCGAUUUGUUUUGACAGGCGCCAACGCAUUCUUCUGCGUGUGGCAAAUUGGAUGUGCGCUUGCUCCAAAUCUAGCAUCGCUAAUCAUCUUUCGAUUCUUGGCCGGUAUUGGAGGCUCUGGAUGCCUCACAAUUGGAGGGGGUGUCAUUGCAGAUCUUUUCAAUGCAGACCGCCGUGGACUUGCGACGGCUGUUUACAGUCUUGGUCCGCUUUUUGGGCCAGUGGUUGGCCCUAUAUGUGGUGGGUUCAUAGCCCAACAGAUUGGGUGGCGCUGGGUGUUCUGGAUUCUCCUGAUCUCAGGAUCUCUCGUCACCAUCGGUAUCGAGACUCUGAAUCGAGAGACAAACCCCCGAGUUCUCAUCUCGCGGAAAGUCAAGCGUCUCCAGAAAGAGCUGAACAGAACAGAUCUUCGCAGCUGCUACGAGCCAGAAGGCCCCGCCCACAGUGCGGCACACAUCCUCACGAAGGGCUUCUUACGACCUUUGAUCAUGCUUCUCAAGUCCCCCAUCGUCUUCCUGCUCUCUCUCUACAUGGCCGUUAUCUACGGGCUGCUCUACUUACUCUUCACGACCAUCACGACCGUGUAUAUCGAGACCUACCACUGGCAACCCGAGCUCUGUGGCCUUGCCUACAUUGGACUAGGCGGGGGCUUCUUCCUAGGAAUCCUCGUCGUAAGCAAGAUUUCUGACCCCACAGUGGUGAGAAUGACCAAGGCGAACGGCGGUGUUUUCGAGCCCGAGAUGAGAUUACCAGCGUGUAUAUUCUUCGCGUGCUUCAUCCCGAUUUCAUUCUUCUGGUAUGGAUGGGCCGCUGAUAAAGCUGUGCAUUGGAUCGUCCCAAUCCUAGGACUCAUCCCCUUCGGCUUCGGCAUGAUGGGAAUCUUCAUCCCCAUCCAGACCUACAUAAUCGACUCUUUCCCUUCCUUUGCUGCCUCCGGAAUCGCAGCCCUCACCGUCUCGCGUUCCCUCUUCGGCGCCUUCCUCCCCCUCGCCGGUCCGCCCAUGUAUUCCUCGCUCGGACUCGGAUGGGGGAACAGCGUAUUGGGAUUCGUCGCUCUUGGCUUGAUUCCCGCCCCUCUAUUAAUCUACAAGUUCGGCGGUCGGAUCCGGAAGAACCACCCUAUCAAGUUGUGA